AUGAGUAAACAGGACAAUACACUUGCCGGAGUCACAACUUCCAACAAUUCCAGUAAUCGUCGAAAGGACAAUAUCAACGAGAAAAUAGCAGAACUCCUGCAACUGAUUCCAGAGCGAUUUUUUGCCGAUCUAGGUGAAAAGAACACAGGAACCAAAGACGGACGUCCUAACAAGGGACAGAUUCUCUCACGUGCCGUGGACUAUAUUUCGUGGCUGCAGGGAGAGAUUGAUUCUCGUAACAGAAGAGAGGUUCAGUUAACCCUAGCUUUGGAGGCUCAACAACUACAACUACAACAACAACAACAACAUGACUCUGUGCAACACGAGUCGGAGUCGCAGCACAACAGACACACUGUCGCGGAGGAAAUGCUCGCUCAAAUUGGUGUUGGACCAUUAGCUGAACAGAAUUAA